CUACAAAUUAAGCAGACAACCACUGUGUACUGACAGCACUUCCACACUGUGUUCAUGCAUUUCUAAUCUCCGGUUGGCUUUAAUCUGUAAUCUAUAAUUUUUCAUACUUUCAUUUACACAAAGUUUUUUCAACAACUGUUACAUCCUUCCUGUGUUGUGCUUGUUUCAUGAACUUUGAAGUGAGUUAGGGCCCAAGCUGAGAGAACAACUGUACCUGGAUAGCAUACCUGUACAAGGACAUACCUGAGUUUUUUUUCACCUGGGAAUUUCAUUUAUACACGUGGCAAAAAGGAAAAACCUCAAGUCAGUGUUACUGCCUGUGUUCAAUGGGUUAUUACACGUUUAAGGAAGCACAUGGAAAAACGUUUUCUUAAUGUUCUGGUGUUGCUCAACUUAGCAGAGUUGCAGGGAUUUAAAUUCCAAGGUUUUUUGAAAUUUGUAAUGAAACAGGUGCUGAUCAUUCCUUAGUAUGAAGGUUUCAAUUCUAACCCUGGAGGUCAAAGAGGUCAGACUGGAGAACCUUGACUCUGUCAGUUUCCCAAGAUGGCUAACAUUGAACCUCCCGAGAGAAACAUUCAAUUCUUGAAUAUCCUCCAAAAAGGAUACACAAACCAAGAUGAACCCUUUCCAGUGUACGCUCACCGAAUCGCACUUAAACCUCACCAAGACAACAUCAUGGAUCACUCUAGCUACGUCAAAAAAACCUACCACCAGGAGGCAUAUUAUCUGUACUUCGUAGCCGUGUUGGGACUACUUUUGAACCUACUGGUUGUGAUUUUCGUGUUUGUGCGACAAUCCAUGAGAAAGCUGACCAGUGCUUUCCUUAUACAUGCAUCGUUCCUCGAUUUCCUCAAGGCUGCAUACUGCAUUCCUAUUGCCAAUAAUCUUGUUACACAACGAAAACCAAGCGACUGUGAUUUUUUCGGCGCCACCUAUGUUUUGAUUAUCACAGCUUCUGUGUUUAAUAUGUUAGCAAUGGUGUGUACCGAAGCAUAUACAUUCGGAGAGGUUAAUAUUGGUGGAAAUUCCAAGGGAUCAUUGUGUUGUGUCGUGUUUGGAACCCUUCUAGUCUACAUAGCCAGUGUUAUCCUUCAUCUGGGACCAACGCUUAUUGGCGGAUAUUUUGAUUUCCAUCCGGAGAUUGGUAGCUGCUCUUUCAUUCUGGGUGAACAAACCGGAUAUGUGGCCAAUCUCAUGUGGAUCGGUAUACUGACCUUAGCUCUGCUGGGUAUUGUACAUUUUAUAUGUAAACUCUACAAGGAAAUACAGGUUAAUCACACAAAUCGCGUCUCUAUGUUGGUUCGGUCAUCGAUCACGAUUAUGGAUGACCCGGUGACAUCCGUUUGUAAUGUCCAGACAAUGGUCAAUGAAUCCAGUCAUCGUGCGAAGCUGUUCAUCUUGAGUACAAUAACUUUCAUCCUGUGUUGGUAUCCGUUAUUCCUGUUAAUGCUUGUGGAUGUCCAUUUCACUGUGUCGCCAAAGGUUUACCAGGCUUUCAGUUUCAUUGCCUGGAGUCAGGGGACGAUACAACCCAUGUUAUACAUAUGCUUUGAUCGACACGUGAACCUCCUUGCCAAAUAUAUCUACUGUGACCGAUACAGACAGUACAGCCUCGCCAAUCUGGCCGGCUGGAUGAACCGCGAUCCAUCAGUCCUGACCAGUACUACAGCCAGUCGAACCGUUCAUGGAUCAACUCGAAUGGUGAAUGAUCCAUGUCACCUGGGAAUGAGCGAUCCACGUAACUCUCUUCCACGUUCCAAUCGUGGUACAACAGGAUCAUAUCAGAUUAGUAUUGAUUUAGAGGAUCACGACGGUGAAGUGGAAGAGGAAGACGAGGGUUUAGAGAGUAGAAAUAGUCAAGAAGAUCAAGAAACGAGAGAGAACUCGCCUAGAAUGUUUGAAUUGAAUACUGAACCUAGUACAAUAGAGGAACACCAAGAACUUGUAUCUAAUCCUGGUCAGGACAUGAUUGAUUAGGCAGUGUUAUAACUACCUAUAGACAAAUCAGAGUAAAUUCUUUUAAGGCAAGGUCAAUGUUUUCUUUGUUUAUUGUUGAUGACGGGAAUCAUUUUGAGCAUUUAAUGACAAAUAUGAUGACACAAAAAUGUUUCCCUUUUACAUUACCUGUUCCAUAAAUCUUGUUGACUACCCUCAGAUAUACAUCAAAUAUUUAAAAUCAUCAAUCUGUCAUUCAUUAAGUGAAAUGUACUUUGCACAAUAAACACACAAACAAUUGACAUUGCCUUUCAGUGUAUCUUGAGCACAACACAUGACAUUAAUUGAUGAUUUCCAUGUACAAGUAAUUCAAGUUACAUUCACUCUCUUUGUUGAUGUUUAAGCAAUUUAAUGUUGGUCCUUCACAUUAAGUGAAACUAUUUUUACUAGAACUGUUUCAUUGAUAUCCUGUCAUUUCCAAGUUUGAGGAUAGAUUAUGUUCUGCAGGUGACACUGAAGUCAUCAGUAUGGUUGACGACAGGACACAUUUCCCAACACUCCAAUCAAUGUCCAGACCUCACAUUUUUACUGUCCUUCUGAAUACAAAAAAAUGACAAAGUAGGUCUGGCAUAUGGACAUUGUCCAGUCUCCCAAUGAAAUUCUUUUUUGACCAGGCAGUAUUAAUUUUAACUAGUACUGCUUUGAAAGGUUCAUGAAAGGUUACUGUUCUACUCAACUCUGUAGGUGAUUUAAUUGGAAAGGAGUUUAAAUUUAUCUCAGUUUAUUAAUUUUUGAUACAUUUUUGAUAAGGAUUAUCUAAUGACUGUAAAUAAGUGUCAUAUCACCAAUGCAUGCAAUCUAUAAACAUUUCAUUCAUCAAUCAAUUCCAAAGUAACCUUUACUGAAAUGGGACUCUUUGGAAUGGAGAUAAUGUCAGAGUAAGGUAAGCAUACAUGUACAUCCUUAAGCCCGCCUCCAAUUUAACACUGGUGUAACAGAUGAGGUAUCGCCCUGAAACCAAGAGGUUUUCACCAGUAAACAAACUUCACCAUGUUCUCCUUUUUGCCUGCAUGAAUACAACUUCACCCAUUAUCUCAUGAAAUAAAACUGAUGUAA